UCCAGGUCAUUUUUUAUUUUUAAUUUUUCAUUUUCAUUUGAUUUUCUUUAAAAAAAGCGGGACCCACUAUGCUCUUUUUUAAUAGCUAUAAGGACGCGAGGGACUUUCACUUUAUUCAGCACUCGUCUGUUGUAGCUUUCCUUCUCUAAAGCCACACUGACUCAAGUUUCUGUUUUUCUUUCAUUCUCUCCUUAGCUCAAGCAAAAUCCAAGUUUGUAGAGCUUCUGAUCCAGCUACUUUUGGGCCUACAGUCUUUUUACAAAAUUUUCCGGCGAAGGUUAGCCGGAGAAUGGCAUAUAUGUUUCCGGAUAGUGGAAAUCUAAUGGCAAUCGCUCAACAAGUUAUAAAGCAAAAGCAACAGCAAGAGCAACAAGAACAGCAACUCCACCGUCAGCAGCAACAGCUCCUAGGUCUCAGUCCUUUCUCUUUAAACCCUUCGCCCAACACCCACCAUGGCGUUUCCAGCUCUCCCAAUCUCGGAUACGGGCUUUCGGGAACUGGAUUUGCCGACCCGUUUCAGGGAUAUAUUGGGGAAGGGUUUCAGUUACCUAACAUGGAGUAUCAUUCGAGUGGGUUCCGGUUCCCGGAUUUUUGUGGUGGUGUGGGUGGUAUGUUUGACUCCAACGAGUGCAUGGAUAGCUUAAUGAACGGUGGGGAUUCAACGGAUAGUUCGAAUCUGCCGUCUGGUUGUGACGCGUGGCAGAACAAUGCCGAUUUUGGUCUCUGCGGUGCCGAUCCGUUUACUGCUUGUCCGAAUCGUCUCAGCGUAGCGUGUUCUACGCCGUCUGAUUUGAACCGAGCGAUUUUCUCAACAGAGGCACAGCAAAAUCCUAGCAGUACUCUUCAAGCUCAGUCUCAACUACCUGCGUGGCCCCCAUCUCCUCCGCCUUCUCCGCCUCAAGUAACCGUUAAAAAAACCAAAACAAGCAGUCCCCCGAGCCAGACCCCACCCCAAAACGACGCCGCAGGCCUCUCAUCUGGUUCCCUCGGGACCGAGUCAGCUCCCCCGGUUUUAAAAGCUUUACUCGACUGUGCCAGAUUUGCUGAGUCGGAACCUCAACGAGCGAUUAAAUCACUGGUUAGACUCAGGGAAUCGGCAUUUGAACGCGGAGAUCCAACUGAAAGAGUGGCUUUUUACUUCACCGAAGCUCUCUAUAGCAGAGUCUCUCUUCAAGCAGAGAAAAGAUUGGCUAUGCUGGAAACGACGUUGGAGGAAUUCACUCUCUCUUACAAAGCACUAAACGACGCGUGUCCGUACUUGAAGUUCGCUCAUUUCACCGCAAAUCAAGCGAUUCUGGAAGCAACGGAGCGAGAAAGCAAGAUUCACAUAGUGGACUUUGGAAUUGCUCAAGGAGUUCAAUGGGCUGCUCUUUUACAGGCUUUAGCGACCCGGUCUGCUGGAAAACCUACCCGAAUUCGAAUCUCCGGUAUACCUGCCCCGGUUUUGGGAAAAUCUCCGGCUCUUUCUCUUUGUGCCACUGGUAACCGUCUCCGUGAUUUUGCGAAGCUUCUGGAUUUGAAUUUUGAGUUCGAACCAAUUCUGACUCCGAUUAAGGAACUUAACGGGUCGAGUUUCCGGGUUGAUGAGGACGAGGUAUUAGCUGUAAAUUUCGUGCUUCAGUUGUACAAUUUGUUAGAUGAAGCUUUGAUCACUGUGGAAACCGCUCUCUGUUUGGCUAAAUCUUUGAACCCGAAAAUCGUGACAUUGGGUGAGUACGAAGCGAGUUUAAACCGAGCCGGGUUCGAGAACCGGUUCAAGAACGCAUUGAGGUAUUACUCGGCCUUGUUCGAAUCAUUGGAACCGAACUUGCCUCGUGACUCACAGGAGAGAAUCCAAGUCGAGAGACUAUUACUCGGUCGGAAAAUCUCGGGGGUUAUCGGACCGGAGGAAGCAGAAAACCGAAGGGAACGGAUGGAAGACAAAGAGCAAUGGAAGGUUUUAAUGGAAACUGCUGGUUUUGAAACGGUUGCCCUUAGCCGUUACGCUAUAAGUCAAGCGAGAAUUCUGUUGUGGAAUUAUAAUUACAGCUCUUCGUAUUCACUGAUUGAAUCCCAACCUGGAUUUCUCUCUUUAGCUUGGAACAAUGUGCCUCUACUCACGGUCUCAUCGUGGCGUUGAUGAUUUCAGGGAUUUUUAGCAACCAUUGUUGUAAAAUUUUCUGGUAAUUUUUCUCUAGUGUGGAACGGAACAUAUUCACUUUGAGAAGACUCUUGGGGCUCAGCUCAGUGAAAACAGUGGUGAAAUUCAAGUGCAAUUGAGAAGCUUUUUAGAGUUUUCUUUCGUAUUUUACUUCUGGGUUUUCCUUUUGUUGGGGUUUUUUUUAAUAGGUCAUGACAAAAAUUGUAACAUAGGGGAAAUUAAAUUCAGGAGUACAUUUAUCUUAGGUGUCAAGUAGCUUUGUACCAUAUAAAAAUUUGAUAACUUUUUAUACGGUUUUUUUUAUUUAUUUCCUAAUUUCAUGUUAAUGUCAAUGUAGACUUGAGUUCAGUUCCAUUGCAAUAGAAUGUGAAAACUGACUUAAUGACUUGGAAGUUAAUAGUUUUCUUGUGCUUUUGGGUUGUUGAACCUGGAGUCUUGUUCUGGUCACUCCUGUCAUCAAAUUUUUUCACCUUGGCUGGCCGGCCUGCACCUUGCAGGGUGCAGUAAAAACCAUGAACAAAACUGGUAAAAAUGUCAGUGUCUUUCAGGCACUGUAAUUGGGUGUUUUAAUCGAGACUUGAGUCUUGUAUUGAACAGUGGUUUCUGUAUUUGGUGUUUGAUGACGACCAGCACAGUACUUAAUGAUUUCACUGUUUAAGGUUUUAUGUUUAAAGACUUUUAUAGCAACUGUGUUUGCGUAAAUGAUCUGGCAG